UACCCCAUAAAUAUAUUGUCACUCAUAUCCUAUAAAUACCUUGGUAAACUAUUUAUCGAGCAUCAGUCUUGCUUUAAAUUUCAUUGACAAAUAAACAGUCAAAUAAAAUCAAUCAAGAUGGUCACUAAGUUUAUACUUAUUGUUGGAUCAAUUGUUGCACUGGCUCAUGGUGGUAUUAUUCCAGUACCAGCAGUACCAGCAGUACCAGUUGUUAGAGCACCAACAGAUUAUGAUCCACAUCCACAAUAUUCAUAUGCUUAUUCUGUUAAUGAUGCUAUUACUGGUGAUGCAAAAACACAACAUGAAACUAGAGAUGGUGAUGUUGUCAUUGGAAGUUACAGUUUAAUUGAGGCUGAUGGUACUCGUCGAAUUGUUGAAUACACUGCUGAUUCAUUAAAUGGUUUUAAUGCUGUUGUACAUCGUCAACCAGCUAUCAUAAAAACUGCUGUUGUUCCAGCAGCUCCAGUUUUACCAGCAGCUCCAGCAAUACCAGCACCUGUUCCAGUUGCAAGAGUAUCACCUUUUGUUGCACAAUCACCUGUAUAUCGUCCUCCCACACCUUUUUAUCCAUUUUAAAUGAAAAAUAUUAUUUAACAUUAGACCUAGUCACUAUACACUAAAAACUGUAAUAUUUGAUUU